UGUAGUACGGGAUACCGUACGGUAUUGAAUGGCGAGACAGUGGUUUUUUGAGAAAUGCCUUGGUGAUAAACUGACACUCGAGUGCAUUCACUUUUUUUUUAGAGGAUAUUAAUUAGCAACGAAACGAGCAAAACUCCGAGAGACCGUGACCAUGAGGUGUUCAUUAUUUAUUGUUGUGGCAUCGGCGCUAUAUGCGUCGGCCUCAAUUCAAUCCCCACCAAAGAUAUCGAAACAACCACCGACAGACGAGCUGCUCUUUCAAGUGGCCCAGGCUAAUCUCAACGAGAACGACAAACCUUUUCUAAUUGAGUGCGAGGCGGAAGGCGAGCCAGCCCCAACCUACCGCUGGAUAAAAAACGGUAAGAAAUUCGAGAUUCAAUCGCACGCGGAUCGAAUAAUCCAGCAGCCGGGUCGAGGUACCCUCGUGAUAUCGCGUCCGCGCGACGAGGACCUCGGUCAGUACCAAUGUUUCGCGGAGAACCAAUGGGGCAUAGCGACCUCAAACUCGGUCUUCGUCCGGAAGGCGGAGCUAAACUCCUUCAAGGACGAGGACCCAAUGACCCUGACAGCGCAGGAGGGCUCGCCCUUCAAGCUAACCUGUCAGCCGCCGGAGGGUUGGCCGAAGCCGAACGUCUACUGGCUCAUCCAGGACACCGCGGGCAUAAUAAAAUCCAUCAACAACUCCCGCAUGACCCUCGACCCGGAGGGCAACCUCUGGUUCUCAAACGUCACUCGAGACGACGCCUCCGACGAUUUUUAUUACGCGUGUGCAGCCACUUCAGUCCACCGAAAAGAAUACAAACUGGGGAAUCGAUUUCUCCUCAAUGUGAUCUCGACAGGUGCCUCGGCAUCCCAGAACAAGCACCCGCCGGAGGUUCAGUACCUCUCGAAGCCGCGCGAAGUGGCCCUCAGGGGAAAGAAGGUCGAGCUCUUCUGCAUCUUCGGUGGGACUCCCCUUCCUGAAACCAUUUGGAUGAAGAAUGGCGUUCGAAUAAAGCCAAAUGAUCGCAUUAACCACGCCAACUACGGCAAAUCCCUGGUAAUUAAACACGUGAAUUUCGACGACGAGGGCUCGUACACCUGCGAGGCGUCCAACGGCGUGGGCAAGUCCGGCACUCACUCGAUAGACUUGAAAGUCAUGGCUGCACCCUACUUCACGGUGGAGCCGGAGAUCCAGACGGCGGCGGAGGACGAGAGCGUUGAGUUCAGGUGUGAGGCCUCGGGAGUCCCCCACCCCAAGAUCGAGUGGAUCCACAACGGCCGACCGAUCGCGGAGGCGCCGACGAAUCCCCGUCGCAGGGUCGCCGGCACGAGAAUCAUCAUCGAGGGACUGACCAAGAAGGACACUGGGAACUACGGCUGCAACGCCACAAACUCCUUGGGGUACGUCUACAAAGACGUCUACGUGAACGUUCUCGCUCUUGAGCCUGAGAUCACCCAGCCACCGAUGAACGAAGCCACAGUGGACGGCACCACCGUCAAGAUGACGUGUCGCGUCUUCGGAGCGCCGAAGCCCACGAUCAAGUGGCUGAAGGGUGGAGAGGAAGUCAGGGGGGCGCGGUACAAGGUCCUGAGCGCUGGUGACCUGGAGAUAUCGAACCUCGAGUUCGGGGAUGCGGGGACCUACACCUGUCACGCGGAGAAUAAAUUCGGGCAGAUGGACGCGUCGGCGAAUCUAGUGGUGAAGGAGCACACGAGGAUAACGAAGAAACCUGAGAACUACGAAGUCGCGGCUGGGGAGACGGCCACCUUCAGGUGUAACGCGGUAGCCGACUCGAGCCUGACUCUCCAGAUCGACUGGCUGAGGAAUGACGAGGUGAUUGACACCGAGACCGAGCCCAGGUUCGUCGUCACCAGCGACUUCUCUCUGUCGAUCACGAAGACCGUUGAAUCGGACUCGGGGGUUUACUCCUGUCUGGCGAGCACCGAGCUCGACGAGCAGAAGGCGGAGGCCACUCUGGUAGUGCAGGACGUCCCUGACGCCCCUCUUCUGUCGAGCACUGAGUGCUACGAGCACCAGGCGAGGGUCACCUGGACACCGAGGAGGGACAACCGAGCACCGAUACUACGCUAUCAAGUUCAGUACAACACUUCGUUCACUCCGGACCUCUGGGAGACCGUUCGCGACGACAUUCCAGCUAACGAGCGCACCGCGAGGAUCGACAUGUCCCCCUGGGCCAACUACACCUUCAGGCUCAUCGCCUGGAACAAGAUAGGCGCCUCAGCCCCCUCAGUACCCUCGACAGUCUGCAGGACUCAGCCUGACAUCCCUCACAAGAAUCCCUCAAACGUCAUGGGGAAUGGAACAACUCCGCAGAACCUCGUUAUCAGCUGGACUGUGAUGCCUCAGAUUGAGCAUCACGCCCCCAAGUUCGUGUACAAGGUGUACUACAGGCGGGACAUUCCUGGCCAGGAGUGGACGAAGGUUGAGAUCAACAACUGGAGGACCAACAGGCUGGAGGUAGACAAUCAGCCGACUUAUCAGAGGUAUCAGAUCAAGGUGGUGGCGCAGAAUGAGAUCGGGGAGUCCAGGGUGGCUCCUGAGAUCGUUAUUGGGUACUCUGGGGAGGAUCAACCGACCACGGCCCCUGGGAACUUCACUGUUGAGGAGGUGAGGUCGAGCACGACUGCUGUUUUGUCCUGGUCGCGAGUGCCUCUGGAGUCCGUUAGGGGCGAGCUCAAGGGGUACAAGGUGCAGACGUGGACGGAGAGGGACGGCGAGGAUGGCAUGAGGGAGAUCACUCUGGAGGGGGCUGCCACCACGCGAGCUGCCAUCGACAAGUUCGUUCCUUUCAGCAAGAACUACGUGAGGAUGUUCGUGUUCAAUGGGAGGUUCAAUGGCCCUCCUUCAGAGACCUUGAGCUUUGACACUCCUGAGGGUGUUCCUGGGACUGUUCUCAGUCUUGAUGCCUAUCCCAUGGGCUCCAGUGCGAUGUUACUGAGGUGGACCAAGCCUGCUGAGCCCAAUGGGAGACUCACGGGCUACAGAAUUUAUUACGAAAUCGUUAAUGGGACUGAGGUCGGACCUCUCGUCGAACGGGAACCCAGGGUCGUCCAUCCUGACGCCGACUCUGCGAAGAUCGCUGGACUCAGGCAGGAGACCAAGUACAGGGUGCACGUGAGGGCCACCACCGGUGCUGGGGAGGGAGUCGAUUUUUAUGUCGAGGAGAGCACGAGGGAGUCCAUGAAGCCUGAUGUUCCCAUCUUCAGGUGGGAGACCAUUCCCAAGGAGAAUGGCCUGGCUAAUGUCAAGAUCAUUUGGCUCCCGGACAGGGGGGGAUACCCGGGCAGCAGCUUCUUCGUCAACUACAAACUACCGAAUCAGGCGGUUGAGGAUCGCACUGAACCCGAGUAUCUCAGCAAUGAGAUUGAGAUCAGGGGGCUCCAGAGCGGGGAGACCUACGAGGUGAAUGUCGUUGCGGUCGAUGGGAAGUAUAUGACACCCAGCAAGUGGCAGCUGGUCGAGACCAGCAGCGAGGGGCCUAUCAUUCAGCCUAAGGAGAAUGUCGCCACCGCAGGGUGGUUUAUUGGCAUGAUGCUGGCCAUAGCAUUCCUCCUAAUGGUGCUGAUUAUUGUAUGCGUGAUAAAACGCAAUCGUGGAGGCAAAUAUGCCGUGCACGAGCGUGAACUUGCGGCUGGAAGGGGUGACUAUCCAGACGAGGGUGGAUUCCAUGAAUAUUCGCAGCCCCUGGACACUAAAUCGGCAGGGGGUCGUGCCUCUGUGGCGUCAUCGUCUCAUCAGGAUGGAAAACAUCCGGAGUCGGACACUGACUCCAUGGCGGAGUACGGAGAGGGUGACACUGGACGUUUCACCGAAGACGGAUCAUUUAUCGGGCAGUACGGACCGAAGAAUCGACCCGAUGGAACUCCAUCCCUUCAGGCCGGCUCAAUGGCCACGUACGUCUAAUGAGACUAAAAACCCAGUGUGUUGAAUUGACACUCUUGCCUGCCGAUAAUGCAGCUAAUUUAAAAAAAUAAUAUACCUUGCGCCGGGCGCAAUGUCCACUUCUUACUGCCAAUUAGAAUUUUUUGGGUUUUGGGUUUUAUACAUCAUCUGAGCCAUAGAAAAAUUGACUGAAUUAAAAUUCAAAAUCUUACGAUUUUACAAUGUUGAACUCACAAGACUCGUAAAUUUCAUUCAACUGGAAUCUUAAAUUCUCACGACAUAUCGUUCAUCAACGACUCAACGAGUAUUUUGUCUAACGAAAAACAACAGUUUAUUGACUGUUUAUUUUUCAUUAACAAUUCAAGAAGAGAAUUCCAUCCGCCAUUUAUUCUCAAGAAUUUUUGCCUCUCGUUAAUUAUAAAACCCAAAGGCAUUAGAUGUUUUUUCUUAGCGGGCUAUUUACAAAGGGAAUUUGUGAGAGCUAAAAUCGUGUUAGAAAAUAUUAUCGCAUCACCAGAUGCUUUUUUCGAAGCCUUAAAAUUAUAAACAUCAUCCAGAUGAAUCAUCCAUCCCAAUCGGAAUAAAAAAACAUCCGAUUGAGUUGAAUCAUUCAGCCUGGCUGAUUGUACAUUAAUUAUUUCAACCGUUUUUUAUCAUUAUUCGGCCUAGAUUAAUUAGCUUAAACAGGGUAACACGCGUUACGUUUUUCCUAUUAAAUAUGAAAGUUGAAAGAAAUGAGUUGGCUUGGCUCCUUGACUGAAAUUAAAUUAUUUCCUCUAUUAUGUUCAAAUAUUUGGUGUAGCGAAAUGAUCAGUAAUGUCAGCAUUAUUGAAGUGCUCGAGAUAAAUAUGAAAAAAAUUUAAUAUACUAAAGAUUUUAUUGACUGCUAUUAAUAUUGAAUUUAUGAUAAUGAAUAUAAAUUUUCAACUUUACGAGGACAACAGCGAUGAUGUGUUCCAUAAAUUCAAAAAUUAAUCAUUAAAUUAUUGCAGUAAAAUUGAGGUAAAAACACACAUCGCUGGUUCGAUCCCCAAUUCUUGACGUCAUAAUUUUUCAUAAAAUUAUCACGAUAAAAGUAAUGAGCAAGACUUUUCAUAUUGAAAGAGAAGAGAGAGAGAGAGAGAGAGAGAGAGAGAGAGAGAGAGAGAGAGAGAGAGAGAGAGAGAAAAGCAACAGGCAAAUUAAUAUUCAUUCGUUAACUGAGUGUCGCUGAAUGUUGCUUUUUCUGUGAGAACACGCUUACGUCGAUUAUUUAUAUUUACUUUUGAUAACAAUUUUCUUUGGCACGCCAUUAUUAGACUAGAUUAAUUACUGAUAAAGGACUAUUUAAUAUAUUGAAUCAUUGAAUAUAUAUAGAAUAUAUUAUAUGAGUUAGUGUUAGAUUUUCGAGAGAAAGUGACAACACAAGAGCAGCUAUUAUAUUAGAAUUAUUGCAUUAUAUGUAUCUAUCAUUGAUUCGCACCAAAAGACACUUAGAGUUACGUUGAGUUGCGGUGUUUUCAUUUUUAUUUUUAUUUUUGUGUAUAGGAGAUGCACAGAAAAUUGAAAACGAUGGGCUGGGCUUGGAAAAACGAUAAUUGGACGGGAAUAGUUGAGAAGUUAUUGAGGUAUUAAACAAUCGGCGAGUUAUUUCGUAUAUUUUUCUAUCGUACCGAGACGUAUAGAAUAAUAAAACUGUUUAUCCAUUAAAAUUCUCAUCCCCAAACCACCUUGAAUCUCAAUUUAGAUCUGUGGCUGAUCAGUAGCAGCUACUUCUCCACGUAAACUUCCAGUAUUUUUUAUUUGAAUUGGAGACGUUAGUGACUUACGACGUUUAUUUUCUAUAAUUUUAAGGCUUCCCUUGAGUGUUGCGUUGUAAAAAUUCAUUCUUCGAACAGUUAAUCAAACUUCAGAACAAUAAUUUUAUGAGAUAAAAGUAUUGAAAUCAUUGAUAAUUUGUUAUUGGGGUGGAAGAGUGAAAUUUUGCAAUGGAAUGACUCAAAUGCUAUUCAUGUCUGCAUUUUAUGAUGAAUAAGGAGAUAAAUAGUGUUGGAGUAUUAUACCAGUGAAAAUAGCAAUUGUAAAACGGUACUCAAUUGAUAUUUUGUAUGAAAUAGUAGAGAAAAUUGCCUAGGUUCGAUUCAUUGUUCAUUUUCACUCAUUAAUUGCGAUUGAAAUCGACAAGAUUUUUCAUUUCAUCGGGGUGGAUUAUUUUUCUGGGUUUCAAGCCAUAGAGAAUAGCCAAUUUAUGUCAGGAGUCAUUGGUUGAAUGCUUAAGUGCUCUGUUGUAUUCGGAUCAUUGAGCAUUUCGAAUCAACAUUUGUGUCAACACUAUUCGAAUUGAAAGAUUAGAUGAGACAAAUUGCUAAUUCAUGUUGAUACGAGUGGUUGUGACGAUCUUAAAAAUAUGUACACCGAUAGAAUAAGGAAGAAAGAAUAUUAUGUUCCUUUCCUGAGAAACACAGGGGACAAUUGCACCAUUUUUCAUUAGUCUGAGUGACAAUUUCAGUUGUUUUUUUACCGAAAUGAGGAACAAUUAGCUGUCGCAGUAGCGAUUGUAGCGUUUUGUAUUGGAAAAUAAUUGAAGUGAGAGGGAUAGUACAUCAGAAAUGUCAUGAGAUCAUUCGUAUGUGAUCAUUAUAGUUUACGUUGUUAGAGUUCCAAGGCGACUUUUUUCUUUUUUUUAUUGGAACUUAGUUGACGAGGUACUGUCGAUCUUUAAUAACGUGCAUUCCAUCAUACGUCCAUGUAACAUCUCCCAUGUCAAUAAAAGAAUUGAAAUCUGAA